CUGGCAUGCUCGCCCUCCGCUACUCACGGCGCUCAGCCAUACGCAUCGCCCGCAACGCCCCCCGUAUUCAGCAAGAGCUCCCCCACGCAGAAUCCAGCUCGGCCCCUUCACGACGCCAGUUCUCCGUUACCGCCCCUCAAAACCAACCCCAGCCCUCUCCUAUAGCCCAAGGGCCGAAGCGAAGAAGGGGGGGAAAGAACGAGCUGAUAGAGAAUGCUCGAAAGCUUGCCGCUGCUCUCAAAGCGGAAGAUUCAGCUGCUACCAUCAAGCCAGAACAGCAGCAAGAAGAGAAGCCUGCAAAGGCGAGCGAGGCUGAUGCCGAGUCUGGCUUCUGGGAUGGCUUGUUGAACCCUUCCCCCUCCUCUGAAUUUCCCAUGUCAACAGGCGAAAAACCUACCCUGGAAGACCUCCUCUCGAAGCGCCCCGAACGCGACCCUCCCGCGCCUUGGCGUACACGCUACCCUUUACUUUACAAACGCCUGUACAAUUCUAUCGACCAGGCAUUCGUCGUAAAGCAGCUCAGAGUGCUGGCACCCGAGCUCAAAAUAGGCUACAUCUCCAAGAGCAUCAGUAAAAGUCAACUUAUAGUAAAGAUUAUGGAUAGUUGGGGAUGGGUUGAACCCAGAGAGGCGCCCAAGCCGCCCACGACUUACAAUGAAGUAUUUGAUCUUCCGCCCGCCGAGCUCUUCCUGUUCCUUCAAGACCAGGCUCUCUUAGAGCAACUUGCCACAGAUGCUGGACUUCACCUCUCUGUCGUGCGCGCCUCCCAGGCGCCCGCGUCGCAUUUCCACCCCUUGAAAGAAGGGGAUGGCGACCGGAUGGUACUGGUGGCGAGGGGUAUAGAUGAGGACUUGGCGCUUGUGAAGCAGGCGUUGGAAAAGAGGCGAGAAUCCAUCAUCGAUAUCACCUUCAGCCAACAAGAGGUCUUUGGAGUAAAAGCUCCCGUCAUUCUUCUUCGAGCUGUUUCGAAUGUUGCCGGGGCCUAUGUCGAGGUUGUCGGUGAUCAAUAUCGAAUCACAGCUCUGACGAGUGCAAUUGCUCAAAAGGCCAAGCAACUGUUGCAUAUGUCGAUCUUUAGGACUGGUCAAAUGAACCAAAGCCAGCCCACCUCAUACGCCCUCUCUCCCCCACCUCAAGCAGACCCUACCCUCUCUGAGACCCCUCGCCCCACCUCUGAACAGCGCUACGCUCUCUACCCCUUCCUUCCUUGUACGACCGAACAACUUCCGUGGGACAUUGCAUUCUCCACGGCCGACAAGACAUUCUUCCGGCUGGGUCAGGUGAAAAAGUGGCAAGACAAGCCCAGCGCUCGCUCUGUUGCGCAUCGACAGGAGAAUAUGGAGCUGAGGCCGAGUUUGAUCGCGGGAGAAGGAGAGGUAGUCUUUGGAGAGAGUGUGAGGGAGUGGGGACGGGAUGGGAAGGUGAGCGCGAGGGUGGGGCAUCUGGUGUUGCCAGUAGAGCCGGCGGAUGGCAGGACGGGGACUUGGGAUUCGCCCUUGCCCGGGCAGUGGCCUCUGGAGAUGCUCACCAAGUGGUCAUCAGAGGCACGGGGGAAGGCCAUCGAGUUCAUCUUUACGCCCAGUCUAUCGCCUGUGACCACCCAAUACCCUCUUCCCGGUCAACCGACUCUUUCUCGUCGGUUGAGAUACCACUCCGCGUCAGAGUUUAGCAAAGUGGUUGUCUUUACGAACACGGAAGAGUACGGCGCGGGCAAAGUGAGGUGGCAAGAGAAGUUUGCACAGCUUGUGGACGAGCUGGAAAGGUCUGCAGAGUCUGCGGAAGAGGUUGAGUCAGCCGUGACUGAGCAAGAGUCUACUGUUGAGGAUGUGAUCCGGGAACUUGGUGUAGCGGAAGGCGAGGGGCCUCUUUUCAAGCGAGAGGCACAAGAGAGCCCAGAAGAGCAUGUGGAAGGUGAUCAAGCGGUGGAUGUGGUGGAUAAUGUCGAGGUGGAGGAGCUGGAAACGAAGGCCACUACGAGCAACGUCCUGACAGCCGAGUAUGGUACAAUUAAGGAGAACAACGUCUUCCUCCCGGAUAGACCAGUCGAUGUGAAACUCACCUCGACCUCUUUGCGACCCCUUCUCUCCAUACCCGACGAGAUCACAUCCUUCUUCUCUUCAACACACUUUUCGGCCGUCAACGGCGCCACUCCUCCUUCUUCCGUGGAUGUGGAAGGGGAAAGAUUUGACCUGGCGUGGGAUGAGACGGUGAGAGAGACGAGGUGGAAGAAGGAAGGAGUGGUGGUGAAGAGCGUGGAAGUAGAGGAAGAGUUGGGGAGGGGUGUUGUCUAUUCAGAGAUCGAAAACGAAGUCGAGGGCGAGCUGUCGGAAGCAUUCUGGGCAGAAUUGGCGGAUAUUACUCAAGAUAUCGGACCUGAUGCGGCGGCAUUGAACUGAUCCUACUUCACAAACACUACUCUUUAGCUCAAGUCAUCAGCCAGCAUCUAAUGUAUAUGCAUG